ACCGCCAACGCCACUGCAACCGCCGUCAGCAUUGAGAGCUGAUUUGAACCUUCUCGGUUGCCAUGGCGUCGACAGAUGAGAGUGGAGAACCAGGUGAUCAGGCGGUCCCUGAUGGAGAGGAGGAGAGGAGCGUCCAGGGGAUCCAGUCCCGUUACCUUCGCUGUGCGUCACCCAGUUUCUCGAUGACAUCAGAGUCCAGGUUCUCCAUGAUCUCCGGCUCAGACGCUGCGAGCAUCUUCAUGGAGCCCAUCCACCUCUCAUCUGCAAUCGCCGCCAAGAAGAUCAUCAAUGAGGAGCUUCCUCCUCGAGGCGUGCGAACAGAGUCCAUCCCAGAAUCCAUGCUGGAAACAGCUGAGCAGCUGAUGGUGGAAGACCUCUAUAACCGGGUCAAGGACAUGAUCGACGACCGCAGCCCCUACAACACCCCCUGUGUGCUGGACAUCCAGAGGGCCCUCAUCCAGGACCGCCUGGAGGCUCCCAUGAACCCCGUGGACGAGGUGUGGCCCAACAUUUUCAUAGCUGAGAAAUCUGUUGCGGUCAACAAAGCCCGUCUGAAGCGAAUGGGCAUCACCCACAUCCUGAACACGGCACACGGCACAGGGGUGUACACGGGCGAGUCGUUCUACGCCGGCAUGAACCUCCAGUACAUGGGCAUCGAGGUGGACGACUUCCCCGAUGUCGACGUCUCAGUGCACUUUCGUUCCACCGCUGAGUUCUUGGACGAGGCUCUGCUGACUCAUAAAGGAAAGGUUCUCGUGGUCUCCAUGAUGGGCGUCAGUCGCUCUGCUAUCCUGGUGGCAUCCUACCUGAUGAUCUUCCAGCACAUGUCCAUCAUGGAGGCCCUGACCUCCAUGAGGAAGAAACGCGCCAUCAACCCCAACGAAGGCUUCCUGAAGCAGCUGCGAGAGUUCAAUGAGAACCUGAUGGAGGAGCGUGACGACGAUGACGACACGCUGAGCCAGUGCUCUGUGAUCGACGCACGUACACGCGCUCGUAUCUUUGGUGAAGGCGGAGACGACGACGACGAUGACACUGAUAAAGAAGAGGAGCAGAGUAUGGUUGGGGUGAAGGCGCAGUCCAUCAUGAUGGAAGAGGAGGAGGAUGGAGAGAGUGUGAUGAGCAGCGUCGCCUCUUCUGCAGCCGCUGCAGCGCUGAAGAGUGGAUUGAUCAGAGCUCAGAAUGGACUGGAUAACCACGCAUCGACCCACGUUCAUGAAGAGGUCGUUUUACCUGAGCAGGAGGACGGAGAGGAGGGCGAUGAAGAAGAUGGACUCGAUAACAUGAUUCGAGACUGGCAGCGGAGGAAUGAGAAGUAUCAGAGCGAUGACUGGUGGGAGGCACAGCUGAACAGUGACGGCGAGGAUGGGGAGUCUCUGGCUGAGGGUCGACUGAAGAGGGACGGUGUUGACGGGGAUGUAGAGAGUGUGACUAGCGAGGACGUCAGAGCUGUGAAAGAGCGGUUAAAGCGGAGAAACAGACGUCCACCUUCAGAUGCAAUGUCCACCUCCAGCUGCACAACUUACUCUGACCUCUGGAAACAGCGCUUAAAGGAAAUCGAGGAACAGGCUGCCACACGCUACCGCAAGAAAGACCAAGAUCAAGACAGCGAGAGCACCACGACAGAAGGGGAAGAAAGAGGGAAGAAGAAGAUCGAUGAUGAAGUUGCAAGCGUACUCUCUGACACCAGCUCUAUGUACAACUUCUGCCAGAAGAACAAGGAGAAGAUGACACCUUUGGAGCGAUGGCGCGUCAAGAGGAUCCAGUUCGGCUGGAACAAGAAGGACCGGGAGGAUGGAGAGAAAAGCUCUGUGGGAGAUGGAGAGAAAGGUGACGGAGAAGGAGUAGCAAAGACUCCAUCCUUUGAGGACGUAAACCUGACAGCAUAUCAGUCGUGGAAACUGAGGCAGCAGAGGCGAUACGGGGAGGAGAACACCGAUGAGAUCUUGGAGUUAAGUCGGGGUGAGGACUCUGCAACAGCCAAAAGGAGGCAAAGACGAGAGGAGCUCCUGGAACGCUCAAAGAAAACUCUGGAGGAGAGUCAGUCCAUGUGUGGAUGGGAGACAGAGAGCUGCAUCAGCGGAGGAACGAUACCUCUCUCUGCCUUCUGGGCCGGAGCCGGAGUCACAGGUCCUCCAAGCGUCGCCAACGAUGACAACAUGUCCAUGCUGAGUGGAAGAUCCUCUGUCAUAUCUUCAGUUUCACAGGCUCGCAGCUCAAGAUCUGCACUAUCAGCUGGUCCAAUGAAUCCCAUGCAGACAGUUCCUCCUAUUGUCCCAGUUCCUACUGUUCAAGGCCCUGGAGGUGAGCCAAUGGUAAAUCUGUCAAGCAUUCAAAACUGGAUCGCUAAUGUGGUGUCUGAAACCAUCAAACAGAAGCAGAGUGAGAUGAGUCUCCCUCCCCCGUCACGUGCUGGAUCAGAGAUGAGCUUUGGGGGUGCAGGAAGCAUGAUUUCAGGCCGUGGCGUGGACGAUGACAAAGCGUCUCUGCUGAGUGGAGCGUCCUAUUCCAGCGCUAUGCCUCAGGGUCGUGGCAGAGCACCGUCUGUCCUCUCGGCAGGUGGGUCGAGCAACAUCUCUGGUCUCACAGGAAGAGGCUCCGUCCUGGGAUCCACACUUGGUUCCACUUUGGGCUCCAAGAAGAACAAGAUCACCACAACUAGUGUCCCUCUUUUUAGCCUUUUCCAAGACCAGGUCAACUUGGGCAAACUGGAUGCCAUGGACAAGGAGAUCAAGACUGAGAUGAGGAGCAAAAUGGCAACCUAUGAAAAGAAGAAGAUCCUGGAGGAUAACAAGCGUAGCACCCUCUACAAGAAAAAGAAACCAAAGGAGGACGAAGAUGAGGAGGAGGAGAGGAAGAAGAGAGAGGAGGAGUUUCUAGAAGAGGCAAAGAAAAAGGAGAAACCUGUGAGGAGCUAUGGACUCUCUGGGUGUCUGAAUCUCAACCCCACACUGGAGAAAGAGAAGAACACCAGCAUAGAUGACUGGCUGCAGAGUGUCAGACCUCCUCCAAGGACUCCGUCCUCUGGAUCUGGAGCCGGUCCAUCAGAAGAUCCAUACGAUGAUCUAGAUGCCUCUGCCUCAGAGUUCGACUUCUCAAGCCGCAGGGCUUCGUACGCUGUGGACGAAGAAGCCGAAGAGACUUACGGUGUCACUUCUAGAUACAGGUCAAGGUUACAUCAGGAUCUAUCCAAUGAGGACACUGAAUACUCCUGCAAUGGGUUCACACAACCCCACAGCUCCAGGCGGGCGGAGAGGGCGUACAGCGCAUACGAUGAGACUGAGGAGGUCACAGACAGCAGCAGCGACUUCUCCACAAAGAGAAAGUUUGCUCACAACUCACGAUACGAAAGCAGCGAGACAGAAGGAAGGAGAAGCAGGAGGGAGGAAGCUGACAAGGAGGAAGAGGAUGACAUUGCUACCUUCAUCGCCCAAACCAGACAGAGGGUCAGAGCUCGGGCCGCUGCUGAGGCUGAAGAUGACGAGGUGCUGGCAGCCUGGAGGGCACAGCAGGAAGCUAAAUCACAAAGCAGGAGUGAAUCAUAGUCGAGGGGGUCAAGAUGUGCCUUUACUCAGUGUGGACUUUGAAGAAUGUGUUCCCAGAAUGUUACAGAAUUCAGUCAUUUAAGGAUCCCAUCACAAAAUCAUCAAUUCACCUGGAGACGAGUGUUAGAGUGAUAGAUUCAGGACAAACAGGAAAUGCUGUCGUCCACUUUUUUAAAGUAGGUUUUACUUUUAAAGAUUGUAGCUUUCAGGAUUUGUAGAAAGAGCCAGCACUUUGACUUUCCCUUAUGCAUCAGAUUUUUACAAAGACCUUGUAUUAUUCAUAACGAGUUACAUGAAGUUAAUUCCAAAUAUUAGGGUUUGUUUGCAGCGCUGAAUGUAAAACUGAUUGUGAAACACAUGUUGUGCAUAUUUUCAUAAAAGCUGUCUCAUGG